AUGUCACUGAUCACACUGAUGGUGUGUGGGUGCACCGGCUGCAUGCAGUGCUUCUGGCGGGUGGAAAUCUACCCCGGCCUCGUGCGGGAGGCGGACUGCUGGAGAACCGCCGUCGCCCGGACUGAAACCGUGCUCUCCGUUAUGGGGGGCUACACACACUCCCAGCUGCCCUCGCACGCUGACGGGAAGAAGUUUCUGUUUUCCAGGGACUCCCGCCUCCUGAUUGGCAAGCGGGACAUUUGCAUGGCCCGCCAGGCACUGAAAACGCGGCAUGCCAUAUACAACCACUGCCUCGCAUCCGGGACAGGUAGCAGCAGCAGCGGCGGCGGCGGUGGUAGCAGCAGCAACAUGAGAAUGGCGAGCAUGGCGGUCAGCAAUGCCAAUCUCGUCGACACGUGGGGGUCCCUCGCUGCAGGAGUUCGGCUCGUCAGCUACGAGCUUCCGAACUGGACGAAGGCGGUGGGGAUAGAGAUGCGGGAAAACGACCCGCUCAUGUUCGCACCCGCGCCAGGCGUGGGCCAGACGUACUGGGACGUCAUCAUCGGGAAGCACCUGCCGGUCCGCGGGGCUACCGUAGCACGCUUCUACCUGGCACCCGAGGUGUACGGCACGUCCUGGCUCAACGAGCGCAUCUUCGGCGUCGGCAGCACGCGCGACCUUACCGGGCCCAAGAACUGCAUCUACGCCAACGCGCGCGUGCUCCGCCUGCUCACCCGCGGCAUGCUAGUCAUCGUGCAGGGGCAGCAACAAGACGCCGACAGCCGCCCGGCCUACGUCGCCCGCAUCAUGGACCCGGACUACCCGCUACUGGGCGAGCCUAUCUUCGCGACGCCGCGGGCCAACCUCGACGACGUCAGGGAGCCGAUCGGCAAGGGCAAGCAGCGGGUGCUGCCCUCGCCCCCGGCCCCUUUGCCAGGAUAUGGGGCAGACCUGAUAAGCCUCGACGGGGCGCUCGCCUUCUCGCACAUCCUCGGGCCCGAGUUCGACUCGAUCCUUGCGGUCGGCUGCAGGGGGUUUCCGCCCGCCAGAGGCGACGGCCGGGGCACCGUGGCGUGGGCCCCUAUCAUCAUCCUCACCAACGAGAUCGUGGGCAUGCUCACCGGCCCGGAAUACCGCGACUACAAGUUCAGUCGCGUGGCCGACGAGGAGAGCGACGCAGAGACGGUGGAGAUUCAUGCCCAGUGCCCGGACUCCGGAUGUGUCAGUCGGUGCAAAGUCAAAGCUAGUGCCUACGUGCCGGACAGUGACAAGGACUCCUCCAUGGUGAAGGGGCUUGAAGUCUAA